CACGCUGAUGAACGGCUAAUCGCCACGAUGGCUCGUUAUGGCCAAGCACGGUUGGCAUUUCUUCAAGUACGAGAACGUUUCUUCAUCAGAGCCCAGAAGAGAAUCCUAAAUCCGCCCCAACCCGACGGAGCACUCAUGCUGGCGGCAGCUUUAUCAAGAUCUCGAGUCAUUCUUCCCGUGCAACGCUCAUGGAAGAUAGGGUUCCAUGGCAUCAUCCAUCGACACGUGUCUUCAUCCUGGCCGUCGGAUAAGCCAGGGUUCCUGGAGUUGCAGGAAGUGGAGAAGGUACUGAGCGACGUGAAAGCUGACAACGUGAAGGUGAUUCCGGUUAAAAGUCAAUGCGACUGGACGGAUUUCAUGGUCAUCGCCACCGGCAGAUCCACGUGGCAUGUCAGGAACAUUGCUCAAGCCCUAAUUCACAAGGUGAAACAGAAGCAAAAAGGGGCUGACCGGCUCCUGUUACCUAGUGUGGAAGGCCAGGAAGGAGGAAAGUGGAUUGUCAUUGAUUCUGGCACUGUGAUAGUUCAUGCUCUUGAUGAGAAGGCAAGAUCUUAUUACAAUUUGGAAAGCCUUUGGACAACAGAGAUGUCACCAAAGGGAGUACUUAAUCAGGAUUUGGCAAAAGUGUUUGUAAAGACUCGUCGCAAGAAUAACUCAAAGAAACCAGUGCAGAAAAGUGCUUAACUAUUUCAACAUGUCAGUCUUCUACCCUUUGUGUGUGAGCCAGACGUUCAAAUCUGACCCCUUUUGUGGAUGGGCUGUGGUUCAGAAACUACACAACAGUCAGAUUAUACUAGCAAUCAGUAGGGAAUUUCUGCCCAUUGAAUGCCAAACCACUCCAAUUUUUGGGCAAAUUGUAGGUGGAGCUUAUCUCUAAAAUAACACUGAUCCAGUAAUCCUAACCAUCUAAUUAAUAGAUAUCCACUGGAUGGUUAAAGAGUAAUAUUGUAUUUUUUUCUGAAUAUUCACAGCCUAGCUAGAAGGAUGAUCAAUGCGUGUUCAAUGGAAGAAUAAGAAGACCUGAUCAAUGUGUUCUGUGGCUAUGUUCCAUCUCAGAUCAGACCUAUGAUCUUGAUGGUCAAGAACCGUUGCUGCAUGUCAUGCCUAACUGAAGGUAUGGCCCAUAAUAGAGUGGAAUGGCAGAUCAGGAUUCAAGUACCCAAUCCCAAUUAAUUGAUAUAUGGGGCUUGGAUGAUGAUGA